AUGUCAUCAUCGGAUGAAGAAGAGAAGAGGCCUCAACCGCAGCCUUUAUCCUUCAUUACACCAAAUGGUGCAUCAUACUAUGCCAGCUCUAAGGCCAUGCGCGUGGACGACUACCAAGAGCUUCUCGAUCGGGGAUGGAGACGCUCUGGGUCACUUUACUAUAAACAAAACUUGAAAAGGUCAUGCUGUCCGCACUAUACGAUAAGGCUGGACCCUACCGGCUUUAAGCCACGAAAGGACCAGAGACUGGCCAUAAAUCGCUGGAAUAGAUUUGUGCUGGGCCCGUCCUACAUUCGAAGUGCGGCAAAGCUUUGUCCAACGACUCGAGAGGAGAAAAAAUCCCGAAAAUCGAAGUUUAAUUUGCUCCAACGAGUCCGUGAAACGGAAUACGCCAACGUCAAGAGGCCUAGGGAUCCGAAAACGAAGAGGCCCGUUGAACCAGCUCAUCGGUUUGAGGUCAAUUUCGAGUCUGAUUCUUUCUCACAGGCAAAGUAUGAUCUCUUCCUAAGGUACCAGAUGGCUGUACAUAAUGAGCCUGCUUCAAGAUGGAGUGUUCCCUCCUUCAAGCGGUUUCUAUGUUCUGGCAUCAAUAGGAAGACCGUCAGGGAAGCUUCGAAGGAGCAAAAGCUCGGAUCCUACCAUCAGUGCUAUAGGCUAGAUGGGAAGCUUAUUGCCGUGGCAGUUCUAGAUUUAUUGCCUCAAGCUGUUAGCUCGGUCUAUAUCUUCUAUGACCCAGAAUACAGCGACUUUGAAUUCGGGAAGACUAGUGCUCUAAGGGAGAUUGCCUUGACUAUCGAAGGGGGUUAUAAGAACUACUAUAUGGGUUUCUACAUACAUUCCUGUCAAAAAAUGCGGUACAAGGCAAAUUUCCAGCCUCAGUAUGUUCUCGCAGAUCCAGAGAGUUUGACUUGGGAUCCUUUUGAUGACUACAAAGAGAAAUUUGAUCGGCAUCCAUAUGUUUCUCUCUCCCAUGACCGCGCAAUACAAGCAGCUAAAAAGGGAGAAGGCGGUGUCGAAACUGAACCUGCUGCCGAAGAAAAUGACCAGUGGAAAGUUGAGUCCGAACCCAACGAGGAAGAAAUGUCAUUGUUUGACAUCCAUAUGCCAGGCGUCUUGACGCUGAAAGAGGUAGAGGAGCAGAUCGAUCUAGAUCAUUGGCAGCUUUUUGUGCAUGGGGUUUUGGUGGAAAUGAUCGACCUGGUUCCAUGGGACAAGUCAGAUAUUAUGAAUCCACAGUCGAUCAAAGGAAUAGUUGCCGAACUUGCGGCAGCGUUGGGCCCGGAGGUUGUUAAGGAUUCGGCGGUUGUGCUCUUCUAA